AUUUAAUCGUCAUGUCAGACAUUUACUGUGGUGAGCCAGGCCUACUAGUUUUUCUAUGAUUAUGCGGAACUAUUGCGUUCUCUACUGCAGGUUGUAGGGAUAAAUAUACAGAGCGGACUGGACUAAAUUUCAUGGUUGACUAGAUCUCUUGGAAAGCAUUACACUGCAGGUGGAGGGAUGAGCCUCUUCUCUGUGAUUGACACAUAUGUGCCGGAAGCAGCCAAUGGGGUGGAUACACCAGACUCCCCUGGAUCCUGCAGUGAGAAUGGCCCGCACAUCUACUCCCCUACUACCCCCUCGCAGCUCCUGAAGUUUGGGGGCAGGGUGCCAAGGCCUGGGCACGGAUCCCUUGAUGGGACCCCUGAAGAGACUGAGAACUGUGUGGAUGGAGAGAGAGCAUGCCAUGUACAAGAAGACCCCAUAGACACUCCUCACAACUACAUGUCCCAUUCGGACAAACAACACAAAGACACGCUCCUAUCACAGCCCUCCCGCCCCACUGCCACAUGCGCGACAGACACAAACCCACACGCGGCCCCUCAAGACAUGUCCCUCACUGGACCCCUCCAAACAGAUGAGCCCCUAAAUGAUGUUCUGUCUAGAGACUCACAGCAUACCGCCACCGCAACAAGCAUUCCAUCCAAAGACACAGCCCCACAGAGGGACACUCCCAGUGCAGACACACUUCCGUCAGAGACAGAACACACAGAGCCUUGUAACUGCUGUUCUGUAGAAACAGAGGAGGAGAAGCAGGAGGAGGAGAGCGAGGAGCAGCAUUCAGGAAACACCCAGGCUGAAGUCUCAGCUCAGCUUACAGAGGAGCCCUCAGCAGCAGCUCCCAGCCCAAGCUCUGGCCCAGCCAAGAGGAAUUCAUCAGACAGCAGCCCCUGCCCGCCCCACGUCAUGGCCCAGGUGCAUGUGCGGAACGUCCCAGAGCGGGAGCGCAUCGUCCGGGGCAUGCAGGACAGCAAGAGUCUGGAUGAGAUCAGCCAGGCGUGCGGGGGAGGGGGUGGUGGCCGGGGGGGCCAACCAGAGGGCCGCAGGGCCACCAUCUCCUCUGCCCUGGAGCUGGAGGGAACAGUCAGCCACGACGGGGACCUGACUCACUUCAUCUGCCGCAACCUGGAGCAGAAGAUCAAGAUGAGCUCCAAGCCCAGCCUGGACUGUGACUGUGACUCGGACUGCUCGGGUUCCAUCAGUAGCAGGGGUCGGGGGUCGUCGUUGCGGCAGCCGGCAGACAUCCCUCCCAUCGACCCUGCUGUCCUGGUGGACCUACAGAGACACACUCAGGAUGUUGCCCACAGUGUGGAGCUGAUGAUGCGCAGCCUCAACGGAACCAUCCAGAAUAUGACAGCGCUGAGUGUGGGAUACAUCCAAACCUACAGAGACUCCGUGGACAGCCUGGGGGAGUCUGUUGACAUGAGCAUAAAGGGAAUGUACACGCUGAUGGCGCGCUGUGAGGAGCUUGACCAUUCCAUGCAGCCUAUCCACACCCUGGCUGCCCAGAUCCGGGACAUCAAGCGCACCCUGGAUGCCCUGGAAGCUAUUUGCAAGUAGCCCCUCCACCCUGGAGACCCCUCUCCCCCAGAGACCCUUGUCCACUGCAAACACUUUGUUAACCUAAUGACCCCCCUGGAAUCACUGCUACUAAUCAUGCCAGCUUCAUGGGUGAUCUACAUUAACCCCCUCUCCUCACACCUCCCCGUGGAGACGCCCCUCCCCUGAGAUCCUCGCUCGGCUAGGAGCCCUCCACCUGACAGAACUGGAAGGAAACGGAACACUUGAUGCUUUUCUUAAUGUACUCCCGUCCGAUCCACUUGGUUCAGAUUGCACUAACUGCUGCUGCCCACACGGUGGCACUCUCUCCCUCAAGUUAUCAUUACUCAUUGUGUAUCUAUUAUUUAAUGUUUUACUUUUCUAUUAUUUCUGUUUUUUUUCUCUGUAUUGUCGGGAAGAGCCUGUUGUUUAUGAAGCAUGUGCCGAAUAAGGUCUGAUUUGUAUGGAGCAUGAGCUUUAGGAACGGUUGUGAUAAGAUUUAGAUGUUAGUCAUUUCUUAGGCCGGUUCCUGAAACUGCCUGUGGCAGGUUUUAAUAGUGACAUGAGACAGCUGAAGGUGUGGGGGUACAUAUUAUAUUGUAUAAAGGGCAGUCCCUCCAUGUUAUAUACCUGUUAGUUAUCAGGCUGUUACCAACCAAAAGCAAUUCCCUGUAAAGCUCUCCUCUGUGUUCCCUGGAUAGAUUGUUGUGCUUUAGGAGACUGUGGUACCUUUUUGUCACGUCACAGGCUGGCUGGUAGGUAGGCCUGUCUCAAUUUCUAAAACGUCUAUUUGGCUUAAAUUGUGUUGCCAUGGUGAGAGGUUCUGGACAGCCAUUACAUGUAACGUGCCCUUACAGGACUUGUAUGUUACCAGAUGUCGUCAGACCUGCUGAAGACCCACCUAGAUAAGGCAGCACCCGCGCACUAGAUAUAAAUGGGCUGUAGGACUUUAGACUUUGGGGGGGGACGCAUGUUUGUCUGGGGAGAGAGGGAUGGCCUCCUCUAACUACUCUUAAUAAUAUCUCUGUACAAUCAGAAGCACCUUUGUGCAUAUCUUUCUGUAACAAAAAAAUGAUUUUUGUCCUAAGUGUAUAUUUUAAGAAAAAUAACAAAUUUACAUGAGCUGCAAAGAG